GUGAAAGAACCCACAAAGGGAAAUAUGAUGAAAACCAUUCUUGUAUUUUUGGUUGCUUCCAUUUUGGUGAUUGGGUGCAUGGGUGGUAAAGGUCACGGUCACCAUCAUGGUCAUGGUCAUGGUCAUGGUCAUGGUCAUGGUCAUGGUCAUGGUCAGGGCCGCGGUCAUGGUCGGGGCCAUGGUCAUGGUCUUGGUGGGGGUUUGCAGGUGCAUUAUUACCAGAACCGAUGUGGUUCGAUGGGUUGGGUUGAAAAGACUGUAAAGGAUAUCGUAUGGAACAAAGUUGCUGCAGAUCCUACCCUGGCUCCCAAGCUUCUAAGGCUUCAUUACCAUGAUUGUUUUGUCAGAGGAUGUGAUGCAUCAAUUCUAUUGGAUCCUACUCAAAACAACACAGAGGCAGAAAAGACGGCUAGACCAAACAGAUCUCUUUCUGGGUACGAGGUAAUUGAUGAAAUAAAGACAAAGUUGGAAGCCGCUUGUCCGGAAACUGUUUCAUGUGCUGACAUUCUUGCCUUGGCAACUAGAGAUGCUGUUUCCUUCCAGUUUAAGAGAGAAAUGUGGCCGGUUUUUACGGGAAGGAAAGACGGAAGAGAUUCGUUGGCAUCGGAAGUCAGUGAGAAUUUACCGUCUGCGAACGCCAACUUCACAACCCUCCUAACCCAAUUUGGAAACAAAAAGCUUAACCUCAACGAUCUUGUCACACUUUCGGGGGCACACACAAUUGGGCACUCACGUUGUGCCUUAGUCUCCAGAAGACUUUACAACUUCACAGGAAUAGGGGACGCUGACCCGUCUCUUGAUCCGGCUUAUGCACAAACAUUGAGGAAACUAUGCCCAACCCCAGUGAACCCAUCCACCAGUCUUGAAAUGGAUCCUAAAAGCUCUCUCACUUUCGACUCCGAUUACUAUCGCGCCUUAAAUAAACAUAAGGGUCUAUUUGUAUCCGAUGCAGCAUUACUCACGAACCGACAAUCGGCUUUGGUGGCACAGGUUUUAGAAAACCCUGCGAUAUUCUUUGCUCAAUUUGCUAGGUCCAUGGUGAAAAUGGGGGCUGUUGAAGUUCUUACAGGUGGUCAAGGAGAAGUUAGGAAAAAUUGUAGAGUUGUUAAUGGUAAAUGAUAACACUAUAAGACUUGAUUCCUUGAAUUGUAUUGUUUUUCUUGUAAUAUGUUCAAAUUUAUAUAUUAAAGUGUGCUUUUGACCUAAA